CAUACAGUCCUGGUGACGAGCGAAGGAGAGGUCUGGAGCUUCGGGUCAGACGGGUGGGACGGGCGGCUCGGGCAUGGCGAUAGGAGAGCACAUGGCUGCCUCGGGCUCGGCCACCUCGCGGCGUGCUUCACUCCUCGUCCUGUUCCUGCUCUUGCCGGGACGCCAGUGCUGGAAGUAGCGGCAGGAGGAGCGCACUGUGUGCUCGUGACAAGGGAGAACGUGGUGAUGGCGUGGGGGCUGGGAAAGUUCGGGCAGCUAGGAACAGGUUCACGAUCGAGGCAGAUGUUGCCGGUGGAGGUCACGGCGCUGAGGAGGAAGAACAUCAUCGGGGUAGCAGCAGCCGGUAGCUUCAGCGGUUUUGUGUCAGAGGAUGGGUCCUUGUACAUGUGCGGGUGCGGAUGGGACGGGCAGCUCGGGCUCGGGGACCGUGAGGGGAGCAUGUACCCGGAGAGAGUCGAGUCGCUCUGUGGGCUGCGAGUGAAGGAUGUUUCAGCAGGAGGGAGGAGCCUGACGGUAGUGACGGAGGCAGGGGCCGUGCACACGAGCGGGGCAGGGUUCGAGGGUCAGCUGGGGAGGGGAGAGCAGGCAAGGCUGUCCUCUAGGUUCGAGCAGGUCGAUGAGGCGCUGUUCGGUCGUUUCGUCCUCUCCGUCUCCUCUGCGCUCGGCCAUGUCGUCGCGCUGACAAGGAGCGGAGAGAUGUUCUCGUGGGGA